AUGGCGGACGUUUACGCGCUGAAUCUGCGUCGCAACGAGGAUGAGUCGCACAGACUGGAUGAGCAGUUUGAUUUGCUGACGGAAAAUAUUGGAUAUCUCAUCCACCCGGUCAUCCACCAGUCUUUCCCGGCAGAUGAACCACUCAAGAUUGCCGACUUGGCCACAGGAACCGGACGUUUUCUUCUACGUCUGGCCGAGACCAAAUUACUGGACGACAACGCUAUCCUGCACGGGAGCGACAUCUCAUCAUCUCUCUUUCCACCACCGACAGCCCUGCCGCAGAACAUGAAAUUUAAUAUCCUGGAUAUCCGAGAGCCCAUCCCCGAUCACCUGCAUUGUACGUAUGACUUUGUGCACGUGCGGCAAGUCGCGGCUGGGCUGACGUCGGAGGACUGGAUCGACACGGUGAUAAAUGUUGCAAAGUUGUUGAAGCCAGGCGGUGCCAUGCAGUGGGAGGAGUGCGAUUUCACCAGCGUGGUGCACCUGCGGGGAGCGGGAGUGACGGGAACAGCAGCACGGAAGCUAGGGAAGAUGUUCAAAUCGGGGAUGUGGGAGUACUUCCGACACGGGUGGAAUCGUCUGGAGGAAGGAAUGACGGCCGCUGGUCUACAAGACGUGGCCUCGGAGAUGGUAAGCUCGGAUCGUGUCCCGGAGACGAGGGAGGCUUUGACGAGGAAUGGGAUACGGGCGAUUGUCGCUUGGGCAAAUGACAAGGCUCAAGCUGGCAUUUUGAAGGAUGAGCAUGGACAAGUGAUCUCUCUUGCAGAGCUCCAGACCAUUGAAGAACAGGCGUACAAGGAUAUUGACUCUGGAUGUUAUGUUCGAUUUGAUAUCCACGCAGCAUGGGGGAUCCGUCCUAAACUGGAAUAA